GUUUCCUUAUAUAUCAGUUUGGUGGGCGUUCCCUAAUUCAUCGUUCUCACAAUCUCGCAUUUCCUGCAACCGAUUCACCCAAAGAGGAAAAGAAGAAAAACAUUCUCUGCAACAACAAUGGCGGACGAGAGCAAGAUCGCUUCUAUGAGGAAGUGGAUCGUAGAGCACAAGCUUCGGGCUGUCGGAUGUCUCUGGCUCAGCGGUAUAACAGGCUCGAUUGCAUACAACUGGUCACAACCUAACAUGAAAACCAGCGUCAGGAUCAUUCACGCUAGGUUGCAUGCACAAGCUCUUACACUUGCUGCAUUAGCUGGAGCUGCAGUUGUUGAGUACUAUGACCAUCAGACAGGAGCAAAGGCUGACCGCUAUGCCAAGUUCCUCCACCAAAUGGAACAGCCACACAAGUGAUGACCCACCAUCUGUAGUGUUUGAGAUUGGUAUCUAGCGAUGGUGUCGCAUUUAUUCCAUAAAGGGGGUGUGAGAAUUUUGGAUGAAGCCCCCCCCCACCCCCACCCCCCACCCCCACCCCCCACCCCAAAUGUUACUCUGUUAUUUUGGCUUUAGGAGUCUCCCUAUUUUAGUAAUGCUGCUUGUGAAUUCUUCUAUGAUGCUUAGUUAUGUGUUUUACAGAACACUAAUGUUAAGAUAAAAGUUUGUUCAUUUUCCUA